AUGACGCAGAGAGUCUCACUUUCUUCGGGCCAGCGUCGUCGCCGUGACCUGAGCAAGGCCCUUCUCCUCCUCUCGCUCGUCCUUCUCUCGUCUCUCCACACGGUGUUUGCCUUCCGCUUCUCCGCGGGGCUCCGCGCAGACAAGCUGCGCGGGAUGAUGCGCGGAUGGGCGCAAGGCGGACGCUCGACCGGCCAGCAGCAGCAACAGCAGCAGCAGCAACAGAGCGGCGGAAUUGGUGGAAACAAUAUGGGCGGCAGCGGAAUGGGCGGCGGAGGAAUGGGCGGCAGCAGCAUGGGUGGCGGCGGAAUGGGCGGCGGCGGAAUGGGUGGAAGCAGUAUGGGCGGCGGCGGAAUUGGCGGGGGCGGAAUGGGCGGGGGCGGAAUGGGUGGCGGCGGAAUGGACGGCGGAAGCAUGGGUGGCGGCGGAAUGGGCGGCGACGGAAUGAGUGGCGGUGGAAUGGGCGGCGGAAGCAUGGGUGGCGGCGGAAUGGGCGGCGGCGGAAUGGGUGGCGGCGGAACGGGCGGCGGAAGCAUGGGUGGCGGCGGAAUGGGCGGCGGCGGAAUGGUUGGUGGUGGAAUGGGCGGCGGGGGCAUGGGCGGCGGCGGAAUGAGCGGCGGCGGAAUGGGCGGCGGCGGCAUGGGCGGACCUGGGUCCUCUGCUCCCGGAUCACAAUCAGCCAUGGGUCCUGGGGGGACCAUGGGCGGCGGAAUGGGUGACGGUGGAAUGGGUGGUGGCGGAAUGGGCGGCGGCGGAAUGGGCGGCGGCGGAAUGGGCGGCGGCGGAAUGGGCGGCGGCGGAAUGGGCGGCGGCGGAAUGGGCGGCGGCGGAAUGGGCGGCGGCGGAAUGGGCGGCGGCGGAAUGGGCGGCGGUGGAAUGGGCGGUGGCGGAAUGGGCGGCGGCGGCAUGGGUGGCGGCGGAAUGGGCGGCGGUGGAAUGGGCGGCGGCGGGAUGGGCGGCGGCAUGGGCGGACCUGGGUCCUCUGCUCCCGGAUCACAAUCAGCCAUGGGUCCUGGGAGGGGCAUGGGAGGCGGCGGAAUGGGCGGGGGAGGCAUGGGCGGGUCAGGUUGGUUUGCUCCAGGGUCGCAGGCAGCACCCAGCCAGGGUGGACCUGGGAUGGGCGGAGGGAUGGGCGGACCAGGGCCGGAAGGCAUGAAGGCAUGGAAGGGUGGAGGCAUGGAUGGAGGCGUGGAUGGAGGCAUGGAUGGAGGCAUGGAUGGAGGCAUGGAUGGAGGCAUGGAUGGAGGCAUGGAUGGAGGCAUGGAUGGAGGCAUAGAUGGAGGCAUGGAUGGAGGCAUGGAUGGAGGCAUGGAUGGAGGCAUGGAUGGAGGCAUGGAUGGAGGCAUGGAUGGAGGCAUGGAUGGAGGCAUGGAUGGAGGCAUGGAUGGAGGCAUGGAUGGAGGCAUGGAUGGAGGCAUGGAUGGAGGCAUGGAUGGAGGCAUGGAUGGAGGCAUGGAUGGAGGCAUGGAUGGAGGCAUGGAUGGAGGCAUGGAUGGAGGCAUGGAUGGAGGCAUGGAUGGAGGCAUGGAUGGAGGCAUGGAUGGAGGCAUGGAUGGAGGCAUGGAUGGAGGCAUGGAUGGAGGCAUGGAUGGAGGCAUGGAUGGAGGCAUGGAUGGAGGCAUGGAUGGAGGCAUGGAUGGAGGCAUGGAUGGAGGCAUGGAUGGAGGCAUGGAUGGAGGCAUGGAUGGAGGCAUGGAUGGAGGCAUGGAUGGAGGCAUGGAUGGAGGCGUGGAUGGAGGCAUGGAUGGAGGCGUGGAUGGAGGCAUGGAUGGAGGCAUGGAUGGAGGCAUGGAUGGAGGCAUGGAUGGAGGCAUGGAUGGAGGCAUGGAUGGAGGCAUGGAUGGAGGCAUGGAUGGAGGCAUGGAUGGAGGCAUGGAUGGAGGCAUGGAUGGAGGCAUGGAUGGAGGCAUGGAUGGAGGCAUGGAUGGAGGCACUGGACCACACUCCCCCCUACAAUGA